AUGUCGACGGCGACCCCACAAGUACCUCCCAGACCUAAUAAGUCCCAGGAGCAGGGAAACACCUCUUCUGGUGCUCCCUCUCUUGGUAGCAACAUACCACAAAUCCCCCCAAGACCUGCCAAUAGACGUGCCGAUCGCUCCGUCUCCCCUGCUCGUGAGAGCUUCGCGCGAUCUCCUCUCAAUGAUAUGCCUAUGCAACAAAACCAUGGAAAGUCCUCCUUGUACGCCAUGAACAGUGCCAAUAGCUCAACAACAGAGCUCGAGGUCCCGCACCGUCCAUCGAGUGUAGCCCUGCCUUCCAUCGGCCAAGAGGGUAAUGAAUACGCGGAGGUUUUUGGAGCCUCGGAGGAUCUCAGUUCAUCGCCAACUCAAACAAGGAAUGUUGCAAACGAUUUGAAGCUUCACGCUCCUAAGCCUUCUCAUCCCGAGUCCAGUGCCAAGCAGAGGGUAUCUGCGGUCACUCGUACCGAUUCUGGUCAAGCUGCUGCAUAUGGCAUAGGCAAAGCUGGAUAUGAUAAAGAUCCUAGUUCUCGAUCGUUGAAGAACAAAUCGAGCUUUGCGAGCAACGCUUCCGCCGUCGAGCGUCCCCCAUCGAGUACCGGUCAUGAGGAUGAGCAUGGCAUUCCUGAGAUUGGUCAACAAGUUCCAAUGUAUCCAAAUGCAGGGGACGUUCAAGCACCAUCUCCAUCCCCAUACUCAACUCCUUACACCCCUGGUAUUGGCUUCCACAACGACGGAUCAAAGCGUCAUCAUGAGCGUAAAAUAAGUGGCCGUGGAGCAGACAUUCCACCAGGAAGUUAUGGUCUUCACGGACAUGGUAUCAUUCCACACGAUCGCUUUGAAAAGGCUUACUAUGAAAAGCACCCCGAGCUUUACAAGAAAGAAACUGCUUCUUAUCACGGACCUCUCGGUGAAGGCAGAGCAGAAUGGGCUAUGAGCAGUGACGACUUGAACAGAAUUGUUAGAGACACUGCUAGCAGAGGUGCUGGUCUUGGCACAUCUCCAGCAGUGAUGAGUACUCCUAGUGAGCAAGUAGGAUUUCAAGCUUCUGAGGAAUAUGCGUCUCGCAUGUCCUCCCCUCGCCCACAAUCUAGUGGACAACAAUCCACUGGAUACAACGUUGCGCAUUCUAAUGCAUCUCAAACGCAUGUUGAGUCGCCUUUGAAAAAAGAAAGCUUUCCUCUUGACGGUUCGAAGAAAGCCGAGUUUGAGGGUGCCUUGUCAAAAAGUCUUGAUGAUAAGUCUGAACGUGCCUACGAGAGUGAAGCGGAUCCUGAAGAUACCAUUCACGUAGAUGCCCCUAGUCGUCGUUCUAGUAGAAUAAUCGAUCCGGCGAAUGAAUCAAGACCAUAUUCAGCGGCUGGUGGAGAUGACGAUGAGCUUCGUGAAGAGCAUGGAUACAGCGCUCCCAUUCUUGCUUCUGAUGAAGUUUCAAAAGAGAAUUUUGGAUACGAGCUACAACCUGCUGUCUCUCCAUCAUUUGAGCGCAGAAAUAUCUAUGAUGAUCUAGGAUAUAACAGCACUCCCGGAAGCAAACAGACUAGUCGACCUGGAAGUAUCCAUACACCAGCAGUGCGAGCAACUGAGUCGGUUCCAUUGGAAGAGGUACAUGAAUAUGAGCCUCUAUUCCCAGAGGAUGAAAAAUUAGGGGCCGAGGAAAAGCCUGAAACUGCGGCUGAUCGUCUGAAACGCCCGGAGGUCCAAAAACGUAAAUUCCCAAGUCAAGACGUGUGGGAAGACACGCCCAACAGCUUGCAAUACACUGCAACAGUGUCCACACCCCAACUUCCAGAUCCGGAUGAAGAUAAUGAAGAUGCUCACAAACGAUCAAAGGAGACUCCGGAGCAAGCAUUUGCCCGACGACAGGAGGAAUUGGCCGAGAGAGAGAAUGCAAGCACAGAUAGUUUCUUGCACCCUCAAAAGAAAGUGUGGUCUCAUAAACCACACCUUGCUGCCGAAACCCGACCCAAAAAUCUUCAGCAGCGCUUCCCAAGUAGAGAUGUCUGGGAAGAUACUCCAGAUAGUCUUCAAUUACAGACAACUGUUUCAACGCCCCAGACCCCAGAGGUAGAUCCUAUUAUGAGUCCAUUGGAUGAAAGACCCACCACUGGUGCUGUCGUGUUUCAUCAAGAGAAGGCAGCAGCCGGCUUUGGCCUUGCGCAAGACGAAGGUCGCGCUACGACUGGUAUCGCAAUGACUAAACCAAGUAUCCCUGCUCGACCCGUUAGAUCAAAUUCGCCUGAUAAAGCCCAGCCAGUCAUUCCUGAUCGCCCCGCACAAAAGUCGAAGCAAGAUGAAGCGGCUCCUCCUCUGCCAUUAAAGUCCAAACCACAAAUUCCAGCUCGUCCAGCGAAGCCUUCUACACGUGAAUCGUGCGAGAACAUUCCAUUAACAACAGUCCUUUCGAAUUCUUCCGCUAAAUCGAUAGGCUCUGAUAAUGGCGCUCCUGCCACUGUAAAGGCAAAGCCACCUGUCCCUUCAAGACCGGUUGGUGGCAAGAUUGCUGCUCUGCAGGGUGGUUUCCUCGCAGAUCUUAAUUCACGCUUAAAACUCGGACCACAAGCUCCAAAGAAGGAGGAGCCUAAGCCAGAGGAGAAGGUUGAGGAGAAGGAAAAGGUUCCUCUAUCAGAUGCGAGGAAGGGUAGAGCCAGAGGUCCUGCCCGCAGAGCACCUGCUAAAAAUCCUGCCCCUGUGUCAGCGGCCUCUCAAGAAUCUUCUGCUAUCAAUUUAGCAAGCUCAGUACCCUCCACAUUGUGGUACAUUGAUUCCGACGAGGUCUUGCACGUAGAAUCCAAGACAGAUUCUAAACCAGAGGAAGUCGCUAUAUCCGCUACAAAAGCAACUGAAUCUUCAACUCCAACUCUUGCAACAAACAUUGCUGGAGAAAGUCUCCAUGAUUCUACGGAAAUCGCAACUGGUGCUGAGAAGAGUGCUUCUCCUUCUUCGGCUGAAAAGGAUAUCCAAUCGGAACAAAGAGAGGAGACCAAAAAGGAAGAAGUUAUCGCUGAUGCUCAUACCAAUGAUGUUGUACCGGAGAAAUUGAGUGAUUUACCUCCUGUCAAGGAUGAUGUUGGGGAGAGCAUAACAGAAACUGAAGCGCAAGCUGAAGCUGAAACUGUGGCUGAGAAUUAA